AUGGCCUGGUUGGAGGAGUCCCUGGCGCAGGAUGCUCGUGCCGUACCUGCAGCGUUGCUUGCUCCCGAACCUCACUCGGCUGCUGCUGGCUUUGCUUUGGUGUCCGCUGCUAAUGAUAGCAUAAAGCAAGGUGAGGGCCGUGAGGCUUGUUCACAGCGGCUACUCAAUGCUGACGUGGCACAUGCUCUACUAUUCACCACAUCCCCUCUGCCUCACUCGCCCUGCUGCCUGCCUCCUCUUCCCCUUUCUCUUGACAUGCCACCCCUGUCCCGUGCUGCUAGUCCCACAGGAUCCGCGUGCUCCCCCCUCGCCUCAGCCGUGCUAAUCCCUGUGACCACCGAAGCAGAUUUCAUCAAGCGCAGGCUCUACCCUCCCUCCACCAACCCCCCUCCUUCUUCUCACGCAGCAGGAUCGGCAUGCUCCCCCCUGGCCACAGCCGUGGUGAUCCCCGAUCAGCGUGCUCCCCCCUGGCCUCAGCGGUGUGUGCAGUGGUGUGCAGUGCUGUGUGCUCUGGAACCUGGUAACAAAGGGAGGGGGUAUCGGCUGUACGUGCAUCGGGUGGAUGAGCCGAUACUGCGUUUAUGGAACACCAGCAAUGUGAUUGUGUACCGCGUGCAGGUGAGAGCGGUGGUGUGCGGUGCUGUGGGCGCUGGUACUGGUAUCGAGGUGAAAAAGGGAGGGGGUAUCAUGUCACAGCCGUUCCGAGCCUACUCACAGGCAUGCCCCGAGGAGAUCCCUGACGUGGGCACAAACAUUAUCUGCCCUCUCAUUCACGUCUACCGCUCCUACGGCGUUCAGAUCGUUAAAGGCUACACGUUUGGCCGGGUAGACAUGGUGCGCACGAUGCACAGCCGCAUUGACUCGAUGAGGAUGACAGCUGUAUCCGACUUUGCAAGGGGCAAUGGAGUCAUUCGGGUGAUGCUGUCGGGGUAUGGGCUGCUGCUGGUGCGUGCAUACGUCUACAUCACCAACAAUGAGAUCUAUGCACCCCUCUCCACCUCACUCCACCCUUCCCGUCUCUGUUUCUCUUCCACCAAUUGCCUACCUGCCAGUGAUAUUCCAGUUCAGUUCGGCACAGUAGGAGCAAUGUUCACAAACGACCAUGUGCAUGACUAUGUGUGGGCUGCCAUCUCUCUCCACUCCUUUCCACCCCUUUCCACCCCUCCCGACUCCUCUCCGCCCGCCUCCACACCUCUCCACCCCUACCUACUCCUCUCCACCACUCUGCACCCCUCCCUCUCAGACGCCUACCUGCCAGUGAUGUUUCAGUUUGGGGUGGUGGGAGCAGUGUUCAAGAACAACCACAUGCACACUAUCACUCCCUCCAUCCCACACCACCCCUCUCCACCCGUUUCCAUCCAUUUCCACCUCUGUCUAACCAUCUCCCAGGCACGCGCCUACCUACCUGUGCUGUUCCAGCUUGGAGUGGUGGGAGCAGUGUUCAAGAACAACCACGUGCACGGCUACGUGUGGGCCACCAUCUCACUCUGUGCACUUUGCGCCUACCUGCCAGUGAUGUUCCAGCUUGGAGUAGUGGGAGCAGUGUUUAAGAACAACCACGUGCACGACUAUGUGUGGGCUGCUAUCACAGUAUGCACUCUACCACUCCUCGCCACCCCUGUCCACCUGGCCUAA